AUGUCUCUCGUCCUUGAGCUCCCCGCUGAAUACGGCUACGUUCUUGUUGCCGCUACAUCCACCUUCUUCAUCAACACCCUCCACGUUGUCCUCACCAGCAAGGCCCGCAAGCGAAGUGGUCUCAAGUACCCUAUCCCCUACGCUUCCAACGACCUCGCUGAGAAGGACGCCGAGGCCUACAAGUUCAACUGCGCCCAGCGUUCGCACGCCAACUUCACAGAGAACCAGAUCUCCUUCUUGGGUGCUCUCCUGAUCUCUGGUCUGCGCUACCCCGUUGCCUCUGCUGUCCUCGGUGCUGGCUGGGCCGCUUCUCGUGUCUUCUACGCCAUUGGUUAUUCUGCUGGCGGUCCCCAGGGACGCAUGGGUGGUUCUAUUGGCUCUACCCUUUGCGAUGUGUCGCUGAAGUUCAUGGCCGCCUACACCUCUAUCAUGUAUGCUAUGGGUAACUGA